UUGCAGAAGCUGGUGUAAGUUUUGUCCGAAUAAGGACUUAAGGCCUGUUAGAUUGAGUCCAAGAGAAAUAGGAUUUGAUGGUUUGAGGGCCAAGUCAAAGGAUUUGGAUUCAAUACCACAGACCUCCUGGGAGACGCUGGGAAUGUCACUUUUGUGGAGCCGGUCCCUAGUUUACCAUUUGUAAAAUGUCAUAAAAGUACUUCCCAACCUCAGCACAGGGUCGAGAGGCAGGAAACAUAAUGGAUUCUGAUGUGUUUAGCUUUUACACUAAUGGAAGCUAUAAGUACCUUUGAGAGAUGCAUAGGAUGUCAUUUUAAGCUAUAAUAUAUGUGGAUUUCUGUUUCAGGUACAGUCCAUUCAAGCUACAGUUGGGGAUUUUGAAUCCGCGAUGAAAAUAGGUCAGCAGAAGCAAGAAGUUACAGAGAAGACUGUUAAGCAAGGGGAGAAUGAAAUAAAUCGCAUCAGUGAAGUUCUUGAGAAACUACAAAAUGAAAUCUUGAAAGACCUGUCUGAUGGCAUCCAUAUGGUAAAGGACUCAAGAGAGCGAGACUUCACGUCUCUUGAAAAUACUGUGGAAGAGAGACUAACAGAGUUAACCAAAUCUAUAAAUGAUAACAUUGCUGUAUUCACAGAAGUCCAGAAAAGGAGCCAAAAUGAAAUCAGCGAUAUGAAAACAAAGGUUGCUUCAAUGGAAGAAAAAGACGCAUAUAAACAUGAGCUAAAGGUGCUGAAAGAUGCUCUUGAUGAUGUGCAAGCAUCCAUGGAAACCAAAGAAAAGGACAUAGAGUUGCUGAGAAGUACAAUAGAUUCAAUGGAAUCUGAUGUUUAUACUGAAGUCAAAGAACUAGUUAACCUCAAACAGGAACACGAGAAAUUCAAAGAGGCUGCAGACACUGAACAUCUUUCAUUAAAAGCUUUACAAGAGAAAGUUCUUAAAGCUGAAGAAUCCCUUACACAGUUCCCUGAUGAGAUUAAAAGACUUGAUGAAGACUUACUGCAUAUUAAAGCCAACCUCAAACAGGAUGUAAACGAACUCCCAGAAAACAUACCAGAAAUCCUUGAAAAGAAUCAGGAAAGGUUUGAACCCAGGUUCAGACAUGUAGAAGACAGUCUUGAAUCCCUGACUUCAGCUACCAUUCAAUACAUUGAAAAGAUGGAAUCCCUUCUUUCUAGGCAGGAGGAGCAUGAGAACAAGCUAGCUUCCUUAGAGGAAGGCAUUACAGCUCUACGGGGCACCUCAGGUGCUGAUACAAGUUCAAUAUCAGACGCUCUGAGAAGUCUCAGUGAAUCUCAGAUUUCAUUGUUCAAUGAUAUCAAUGAAUUGAGAAGAAGUGUAAGUGACCUCCCAAACUCUGCUGAUGCCCUUCAGAACAUCCAGAAACAAGUUAGGGCUUUGCUGGAUCAAGAAAAGCCUCAGAUGGAUCAAGCACAACCUCAAGAGUAUAUAGAAAAGCUGUCUUCUGUGGAAGGCUCUGUCAGUGAUUUAAGGUCUUCUGUCAGUCAGGUCGAUACUGACUUGAAAAUGGUCAGAACUGCAGUAGAUAGCUUAGUUGCUUAUUCAGUGAAAAUUGAAACUAACGAGAACACCCUGGAGUCAAUGAAGACCACAAUAGAUGACCUAAGGAAUGAUCUGGAAAGAUUAUUUGUGAAAGUAGAAAAGAUACAUGAAAAGAUUUAAGGAACAGUGCUAAUUAGGCAAGUAUUGGAUUUUUUUAGAAAAUUAGCUUUUGUAUGCCCCCUCCUUUUUAUUUUUUUACUCUUUUUAAAGAUGAGUUGACACCUCCAAAAGAAAACAAGAAUGCUUUUACAGUCGGAUACAGAUCUGCUCAUUUCCUGUACUUUUCUUCUGUGCAGGGUUUUUUUAAGUUUCACAGGGGUUUAAAUUACUAAAGGCUUUUUUAAAUCUAGAAUGAUAUUUUGCUUCAACUGUCCUGUUUUAGUUAGUGAUACAGCCCCUUUGCAACUCCAGCCAUCAGACAGCGUGGUCUUAGUUAUAAUGAUAUAAGGGUACUUUAAAAAAGUACAGCUAUUCCUAUAGAAAAAGGGGAAAAACUGCUGGUGUAAGGCACCUUUAUGUUCACACAUGCUAGAGCAGUGAUUCUCCAAGUGCUGUUGCACCCCAGGUUCCAUUGAUAGCCAUUUAAAGAUGCUGUGGGGUGCCAUGCAAUACUAGCACCAUUAAGUGUGCAAGCAUGAUUCACAAGAUAAGUCCAGAGAUUUCAAAUAGGAAUCCAUUCUGACCUGCUGUAGUCUUUGAUUUCUUUGCAACAGAAGAAUUGCUCUGUUUUAUUUCUGUAGUAAAAAACUGAGUGAAACCUAAGAGCUGACAUUUGUCAAGGGAUGCCUUGAAUCUAAAAAAGCUGGGAACCACUGCACUAGAGCUUUUACCAAUUUAACUGUUUUAGUUGAAGAACAAAGUUUACACACCUAAGCAAAAUACUCAUAUUGGUAAAAGUUAAGUAUAAGCUAAGCCUACAACAACCCAUCAGUCUCUGCAGUUUCCAGUGAAGGUAAAAAAGGACUGACUGCUAUGCAUACACAGUUGCAUACAGGAAAACCCACAGAGGGAGGGAAAAGGCAGGGCAACCAUAGAUUCUAGCUUCCUAAAAGCCUACAGUGAGUACCUUCCCCCAACACCUGCAAACCCCCAGGUACAGACUGUCUGCUGGACAGAGCAAUCUGGGCAUGAGGAUGCAGUUCACUGUCACUCAGAAUUCAGAGUGCACAGUAAGAUUUGGUCACGUUCCUUUGGUGUUACUAAGAUUAUUUGGCAGAUUUUUCCCUUCAAGUCCUAUUUUCCCAUUUGUAACAUCACCUUUGGUUGUUGUGGGGAUGAUCUGGAGUGUGGACAAGGAAAACUAAAACAAAAAUCCUGUUUUCAUCUAUAUGAACCAUGCUAUUAAAAAAAAUAGAGAGAGAAAAUACAGGAUGGCAUUAGCAGAAUUGCUUCUAAAUAUAAUGCCUCUAAAGAUUUCCCCUGAGGUCACAGUCACUUGAAUUAGUAUCACUGUAUUAUUUUGUGUAAGGGCUGUACCAGAGUCAAUGGGAGUUUGCCAGUGAUGUCAGUGAAACAGAAUCAAGCCUCACACUGGUUAAGAAGCAGAAAAUGUGUUAGAUAUUUAGAGCACACUAAAUGUUGCUGUUCAUGUGAAGAACCACUUAGACAUGGAGCUUUCGGUUUUUGUUUUUUUAACGUAUUGGAAAGGAUUUCUGAUGUUAGUUCUUGCUAAAGUUUUCAAAUGUUGUAUAAGUAUUUUAAAAGGUGUCUACACAUAGAUGCAGGUCAUUCUGAAGAUGAGGUUAUCUGAGAAUAUAGUGCCCAACCUGCAUUAGGUACUUGGCUGCAGUAGAAAAUAAAUUUAUACAAAUAGCACCUCUGAAAAAUGGUAUGUUACUGGGGACAGCCUGGGCAAAAAGGACUCUUUUAGGUACAUAAGAAUAAGACAUUCAACCAAUUUUAAGGAUGUUCCCACUGCAUAUCGUAAGAGGUUGCUAACUGUUCAAAAAGCCUUAAUAAGUAAGAAGGAUGCACUAUACUGAGAUAGUAUUGUUGUGUUUCCUUUUGAGCUGCACUGUUCCUUGUUGACUUUUCCUUUCAAUUUUUGAACAACUGUUUAGAUUACUGUGAAAAGAACUGUAUGGCUUAUUUGCAGUAUUUUUAAUACGUAAUAAACACUUGGA